AUGAUGGCUCCUAUAUCAGAGAUAACCUCACGUUUCGAAUCCCCCUCUACCCCAAGAACCUCUGAGCAGUGGAGACAGGCCCUCGAAGGCGUCAAGCUGCUGUACAUCCGUCAUCAGUACAAGCAGUGUGCCGCUCGGGCUGCAGAGAUUCUGCGCAAUACCAACCAGAAGAUCCAUCCUGUCCACAAGACCUACUUGCAUUUCUACAGCGCCAUCUCCUACGAAGGCAUGGGCCGAGCGGCUCACCAAUAUUCCACCACCAAGGUGACUCUCCUACAGACUGCUCUAGACUGUUUUAUCACCUGCAGUGCCGUGCUGCCUGGUCUCAUUCCGACGCAAGAUGACACAGACGGUGAUCCGUCAGGUGUGGAAUCCACCCCUGCGUUCCAUACGCUUGGGAAUUCAUCAUCUAUCGGCAGCUUCGUCACAGUCAUUCGAGACAUCAUCGACAAGAACAUUGACUCUCUGGCGGACGAUCCCUUUGUUUCAGACCCCGAACCUGAGCCUGACAAGCACAUCUCCACCUUCGACACUCCAAGUGUACCCCCAACUAACCGUCUCAGCCAAACUCUUCUGAUGCCUCCUCCCCUCAAGGUUCGCAAAUCACAGGAGGCUUUAAACUCACCAGACCCUCCCCUGAACCUAAACCAGAUCUCCAGCGGAAGCAAACAAGCCCCAAAUCCCAAAGCCUCAUCUAGCAGAGCUCGCAGACCUCCACCCCUCCCCAUCCAAAUCAAACCAGCCGAAACUACACCCCCCGCAGAGUCCGAAUUACACGCACCGAUCUCCCGAGAUUCCCAACACGCAGCCAUCGUCACCUCACCUAUCACCUCGCCCCGUGGAGCUUCCAUCCGGCGUUACAACGGCAGUCUCCGGUUCCUGCGCGUGCAGAUCACCAACAGCAUUGCGUCGCUGCGCCAGCUCAUCGCCGAAGUCACGGAGCUGCAGGACUCGCGGCGAGCGGCGAAAAACUUCCGUCGGUCGAGCUCCUUCUGGACGUUUAGUCCUGUUAAGAGUCCUGUCCGGGGAGGCGAAAAGGUCAGGUCUGGUGGGUUGGGUAAGGCGUCAACUUCAACCUCGACGUUGACAUUGACCAUGGAGACCAAGGAGCAGCGGAUCGCGAGACUGCGCGCCGAUGGAUGGAAGACCGUGGGUCUGAGAAAUCCGGAGAGUAAGUGGAAAGGCACGGAGUACUAUAAGCGAUACUGUGGUGCUGUGUUGGAUGAGUUGUAUCUGGGCUCGUGAGGGAUGGAUCGUCAGGACGGG